GUGAACGAUCUGGACCUCAUCUGCCGAGCUCAUCAGCUCGUCAUGGAGGGUCGAAGGUGGCACUUCAACAAGUCUGUCCUCACAGUCUGGUCGGCGCCAAACUACUGCUACCGGUGUGGCAACGUGGCUGCCAUAUUCAAACUGGACGAGAACCUAACCCAGGACUUUGCUAUUUUCGAGGCAGCUCCUCAGGAUAAUCAACACUUCCCGUCCCGGAAACCCAUACCAGACUACUUCCUAUAA